AUGUCAGCCAUGAAACUUACUUCAAAUCUUCGUGUCACUCUGUGUUUAUGUUGUACAGGUUGUGAUGAUCUGAGAGAUAUGGUGAGGGAUAGUGCCUUUUAUAAUAUAUUGGGUAUCAAUGUUGAAGCCUCUGAAACUGAGAUAAAAAAUGCUUAUUAUCAGAAGGCAACAGAAGCUCACCCUGAUAAAAAUCCUGGAGAUGCAAAGGCUGCCGAAGAUUUUGCAGCACUUGCUGAAGCUUUUCAGGUCUUAAUGGAUCCUGACAAGCGUGGAUGGUAUAACAAGCAUGGAAAGCUAUGCAUACCACAGGACUUCUGGUUACACAGUUAUUGUGUGUAUGGGAUGUUUUUUGGGAGUGAAUGCUUUAAAGAUUACAUCGGUGAAUUUGCUUUUACCACUUUCUCAUCAUUUCUUGAAAUGGAAGAAGAGACGGAGGAUCCUGAAGUCCGAAGGAAGAGAGCUUGGGAGAAGACACAGGCAUUGUUGAAGGAAAGGCAUGAAAAGAUUACAAAGGUUAUGAUAGAUCGCAUUCAACCAUAUGUUGAUGGUCAUAUGGAUGAGUUUGAAAAAUCAGUCGAUUCAGAAGCCCGGCGCCUAUCAACAGCUGCCUUUGGAGAGUGUCUUCUUUUUACACUUGGUGUCAUAUACAUUGCUAAAGCAGCAAAAGAACUUAAAGGGAAGGAGGAAGCCGGGAGAAUAAGGUGGAUCAAAGUUAAAGGUCCCAAAGGAUUCGAGUUGAGGUCACAAAUACAUGCCGCUAAAGAGUCUGAUCGUACAGCAGGACAACGAGAUCGUCCAAACAAUUCUCAAGCUAACAAGGAAGAUGAUUUACGGCGAGAAAUUUUCUGUUACCUAGACAACUCGAGGCUUCGUAAUACAUGGAGUAUUAAUGUGACUGAUAUUGAGUUGUGUUUGUCAUAUAUCUGCAAAGCAAUACUUAAAGACUCCACUGUAUCUAAAGAUGUUCUGAGGCUUCGGGCAGAAGCAUUGGAUAAGCUGGGAAGAAUCUUUAAAGGUACGAGUCCUCCUUACCAUAGAGAGUACGGUAUCUGCGUUGAAGAUGAACAGGAGAAUGAAAAUGAGGACUCUGAUUUUUCAGACUAA